AUGGCAUCUUUACGCAUCGUUUUGCUAGUGGCGCUAGUGGCCAUCGGUGCUAUCAGCUCGGCGACUGGCGCCAGAAAACAGUCGGAGCUCAUUUCCGACGUCUGCUCGAGCUCGUUCACCGAGGGACAGUAUGAAUCACGCGAUCUGUACUACCGGCGUGUGCGCGAUCCCAACAAACACAUCUCCGCCCGACUGGUGCGCUACUUCCGGUUCGGUGGCAUGCUGCAAGCCAUUUCGGAGCAGACGGAAAUCCCUCGCGAUAAGCUGGUGACCGGUGGAGCGAGCCAGUUUCAGGAUCAGUCCAGUGGACUCGGCCAAACCAUCCAUGCGGCGCACAUCAUACACGUCGGCGCCAUUAACAGCAAGCUCGAGAAAAAGAGUCAGCCGCUUAGCAGAGCGUUGCAAAACUAUAUCGGACACACGCAAAAUGUGCUUCGUGCCGCAAACGCUUGGCAUGGCGUCGGAGGUGACAUCGAUAAGUAUCAAUCGAAUCAGCUGGCCGCGUUGGCGACGGUUAAUUUUGCGGGCGAGCUAGAAACUAACGAUCGCCGAACGGUGGAGACUUUGAUCACGGAGUUUCGUAGCAUCAUCGAUAAGUAUGUGCGCGACGGGACACACGCGAAAGGCGAGAAGCUAGUGCUCGAUGCGGACAGCGUGAUUGUCUACUGUGUUGUGCCGCUGAUGUUGCACGAGGAAGGUAGGGCAGGCUAUGAUAUGGUAAAAAGUGGAGAAUUUGUGACGAAGUAUGAUAAGUAA